AGAACCCUUGAAGACCCAUGGAAUAUCAUGAUGGUGGCCAGUGAACAAGCUCAGUUUAUGGCAAAUCUCAUUAGGUUAAUUAAUGCAACAAAAGCCAUUGAAAUCGGCAUGUACACAGGAUACAAUGCUCUGAGUAUGGCUUUGGCCAUGCUGGAGACUGGCCGAGUUGUGGCUUGUGAAAUAGAAGACACCUACAUGGAAAUCGCCAAGCCUUUCUUCAAAGAGGCUGGAGUUGAAAAUAAGAUCGAUGUACGACAUCAGACAGCCAUGAAAACUCUGAAUGAACUGAUAGCAGCGGGAGAAGUUGGAACAUAUGACUUUGUGUUCAUUGAUGCGGAUAAAUUCAACUACGACAGAUACUACGAGAAGUCCCUGGAGCUCUUACGAAAAGGAGGGGUAAUUGCAAUUGACAACGUGCUGUGGAGUGGAAGGGUGGUGCAUCCUGCCCCUGAUGAUCUCACGUCCAAGAGUCUGGAUGCUCUCAAUAAGAAGCUGCACAAUGACCAGAGAAUUGAACUGAGCAUGCUCACUGUGGGGGAUGGGCUGACCAUUGCUAUCAAACGCUGAAAGUUGAGUUUUGUGUGGAUUUUCCAUAUGGUGCAAAAUGUAGAGCCUUUAAUGGCAUCAGUUACCACGGGAAUAAACCUCCUGA